ACCCCACCUUCCUUCCUUCCUCCCUACUUAUUAAAAAGCUACUUCACAACCGCAUACCUUCACUCUCCCUCUCUCUCUCUCUCUCUGCUUCACAAUUCAUAUAUAUACAUACACACAGUUCUCUGCUGAUCACACACACACACACAUGGAGUCGACGCAGAGAGUGGCAGCGACUAUAACGGAGAACUCCCUGACGUUGACAAUGAAGGUGGGGGCGAAAUCGGAUGUUGAGGAUGAUGUUAAGCUGCAGAGGGAAGAAGAUCUGCACCACUUCCAUGUCUUGGCAGUCGAUGACAGUCUCAUCGACCGGAAACUUCUCGAGAAGCUCCUUCAGGUCUCUUCUUGCAAAGUGACGAGUGUGGACUCCGGGGACAAGGCUUUGAAAUACCUUGGCCUUCUUGAUAAUCUUGGCAAUGCUUCUUCAUCUUCUUCAGAAUCAUCACCUUCUCCUCCUCAGUCACCCCAACAGGAGGCAGUGAAAGUGAAUUUGAUCAUGACAGACUACUGCAUGCCAGGGAUGAGUGGCUAUGAUUUACUUAAGCGAGUCAAGCUGCAGGGAUCUUCUUGGAAACACGUACCAGUGGUUAUCAUGUCAUCAGAGAAUGUACCAUCCAGAAUCAGCAUGUGCUUGGAGGGAGGAGCGGAGGAGUUUCUACUGAAGCCACUGAAGUUAUCAGACCUGGAGAAGCUUCAGCCGUACCUGGUGAAAUCCCCGGAUAACAAUAAUAAUAACAACAAUAAUUCAUCAGGCGAACAAGAAUCUGUUAACAGUGAGGUAGCAACCGACAGUGACUGCUGCAAUCCCAACAGUAAUAACAACACUUGUAUCGCCAAAAGGAAGGCCAUGUCUCCUCAAUCUUCUGACAGAUCCAGACCCAAAUUCAAAGGCUUGGCCGUGGUGUAAUAUAAUAACUAUAUAUAUAUGUUUAGUUCAUGAUUAUGAGAUAUUGAUCCUAAUGGUUUUACUCGGAGAGCUUCAUUCA